GCCGCACCGCCGCGUGGCCUCAGCCUGAUGAACGCCGUGGGGGGAGCCGCGGCCACCUCGGCCACCUAGUUCCCCCACCCCCUGGCCGUGGGCGCCCAGGCUCCGCCCCCGCGGAGCCGCCGCAGGGUUAUAUUGGGCCGGACCGAAGGUGGAGGCGAGAUUCUGCUGCGGCCGGCCAGCGCGGACAUGCUGCCCGGGAAGCCGGGGGUGGCAAGGCGGCUGCGGGUGCGGCGGCCUCGAAGACUCCUUUCUACGGGCUCUCGAGGCUGAAGACGUCUUAUCCUCAAAAAUAGCGGAUGCGUCAGCUCGGUGCCUGAGACCUAGACAUCUAAGGAAGGAACACUUUUGGACGUUUGGACCGAUAGCAGAUGCGCCGGCUCUUUCCUCCCAGCACGAAAUCCUAAGGCUGGAGUGUCCUGGCCCCCGCUUCGCAGGGUGGCCCCUCAUUUCUCGCUUGUCUUUCGCCCAAAGUAUCUAAACCUCGGAGUAAGGACAGUACUACACCAACUUCUAUUACUCCAUUCCUCAGUUCAUUCAACACUCAAAGCCCUCCAAAAAAAAAAAAAAAAAAAAAAAAAAUCCAGCGGAGGAGGACCUUAGGAAAAGCGUCUCUCUCGGAAAGACUCAGGAGCGGUCCCUCCCAGGAGAAGGCAGCCUCAGCGGGCCACGGGAUCGCCACUCCGGACGCCACUCGCUUCCUACGACCUCGCAGGAAAGGGGUAACAGAGCCGGACUGGAAGCACCAGCGCCGGCAUGAAAUUGGAGGUGUUCGCCCCACGCGCAGCCCACGGGGACAAGAUGGGUAGUGACCUGGAGGGGGCCGGCAGCAGCGACGUGCCAUCUCCACUGUCCGCGGCUGGCGACGACUCGUUAGGCUCUGACGGGGACUGUGCGGCCAACAGCCCGGCGGCGGGCAGCGGGGCCAGGGAUCUGGAAGGUGGCGGCGGUGGCGGCGGCGGCGGCGGCUGCGAGAGGAAUUCGAGUGGCGGGCCGAGAGCUCUAGACGGUCCCGAGGCAACCGAUGGCAGCAGAACGCAGGGCUCCGCGGCAGGGCCGUGCGCGGGCAGCGUGGGCGGCGGCGAGGGCGCGCGCAGCAAGCCGUACACGCGGCGACCCAAGCCCCCCUACUCCUACAUCGCGCUCAUCGCCAUGGCCAUCCGCGACUCCGCGGGCGGACGCCUGACGCUGGCCGAGAUCAACGAGUACCUCAUGGGCAAGUUCCCCUUUUUUCGGGGCAGCUACACGGGCUGGCGCAACUCCGUGCGCCACAACCUGUCGCUCAACGACUGUUUCGUCAAGGUGCUGCGCGACCCCUCGCGGCCCUGGGGCAAGGACAACUACUGGAUGCUCAACCCCAACAGCGAAUACACCUUCGCCGAUGGAGUCUUCCGCCGCCGCCGUAAACGUCUCAGCCACCGGACCACAGUCUCCGCGUCGGGGCUACGGCCGGAGGAAACCCCACCCGGACCUACCGGGACCCCGCAGCCCGCGCCCGCCGCCCGCUCCUCCCCGAUCGCGCGCUCGCCGGCUCGCCAGGAGGAGCGCUCCAGCCCUGCGAGCAAGUUCUCCAGCUCCUUCGCCAUCGACAGCAUCCUCAGCAAGCCGUUUCGAAGCCGCCGCGACGGCGACCCUGCUCUGGGGGUGCAGCUACCCUGGGGCGCCGCUCCCUGCCCGCCGCUACGCGCCUAUCCCGCGCUCCUUCCCGCGGCGCCCGGCGGCGCUCUGCUGCCGCUCUGUGCGUACGGCGCGGGCGAGCCCACGCUACUGGCGUCGCGCGGGGCCGAGGUGCAGCCCGCGGCGCCCCUGCUGCUGGCGCCCCUCUCCACUGCGACCCCAGCCAAGCCAUUCCGAGGUCCCGAGACUGCCGGCGCGGCGCACCUGUACUGCCCCCUACGGCUGCCCACGGCCCUGCAGGCGGCGGCGGCCUGCAGCCCUGGUCCGCACCUGUCCUUCCCGGUGGAGACGCUGCUAGCUUGACAGGAGCACAGAGCGAGGCAGGGAGGGGGCUAGGGUGGACUUGGGGCGCCUUUUGUUGAGGAGGUUGGAAUGCAGGCUCCAGGGCUGUGCACUUUCCACUUUCCAGAGGAGUAGAGAUUUUUUUUUUCAA